UAUGUAUAUGCAUGUAAUGUAAUGUAAUGCUAGGUGUCCGGCAAUUCCGGCGGAAGAUGGAGUAUUUGACAAAUUGAUUUAACGAAUUUACCAAUUUGGGUGUCUAAAACUCUCAUUCUCUUCUCACAGAUCUACAUGUUAGGUCCAAGUAAAUGUAAUUCUCACGCUUCUAGAUAGAGAGAAAAAGAGAUCCCUUUAGUCAUGUAUUGAAAUAUUCUAAGAGAGAGAGAGAGAGAGAGAGAGAGUGUGAGAGUGAGAGUUGUUUUUGUAUUUGCGAGUUUUACUGCUAUUAUGUCGGGGUUUGAGGUAGGUCUAUUUCGCAGAAACUUGGAAUGAAUGAAUAGUUUAAUUGGGUUUGCUUGUACACGAAAAAAAUAAAAUAAAAAAUAUUAAUUGAGAAUUACAGUUGGGAUCGAGCUCUACUGAUCAGCACAGCGUGUUAAUGCAGACUUAAAAAUUACAUAUAUCGUAUCACAUUAAUUGUGUACAUAUAUAGACACAGAGAAAGAGAGAGAAUAUAUAAAUGUAUGCAUGUACGUAUGUGUAGAUGAGGGGAUAGUCUUUCACGAGCGAGCUUUGUCGCGAUUGGAUCGAUAUUGGACGAACCCAUCACUGUCUCACUCUCGUUCUCUCUCCUCGCUCUGAAAUUUGGAAGCCGUGUAGCUAAAUCCAGAGAGAUAGAGAGUGGGAAAGAGAAAGAGAUGGUGCGAAUGAAGAAGAGCAGUCGGAGCUGAGAGAAGACGAAAACUGAGGUAGUCAUAACCCGACUCGUGAAAUCCGCAUCAUUGUAGGCUGAAAUUUGGGGGAGUUUGGUUUCAGUCUCUCUCUCUCUCUCUCUGCAUUUCAGGUUGCAAAAUGUCGAGGCCACUACAACGAGGUGUAUCUGGUGGGGGGCGAUUCUCGGGGAACAAUCAUGAUUUCUGGGAUGACUCUCAGAAGAAAGACAAAACUGAUAAAGAAAAUCUCGAUAAAUUUGGUUCUUCCGAUCACACAUUAAUAUCUUUCAAAUUUCCUAUUCGGUUAUCUGUUCCGGAUAAUUCACCUUCUAUACACAGUCCUAGUGAGAAUGGUUUCGCAUCUGAUCCCUACAGCCCCGGGACAUUGAGAAGUCGCCACAAGUUAACUUUGCUCUUUAUUAAGUUAAGUUUAGUUGCAAUCGUAGUUCUUGCUCUUAUUGGAUCCUUUUUGUGGACAAUGUCGAUCACAAUCUCAUCAAGAGUUCACAUAUUUCGUGGGGAUAAGAGUAUACAAGCACAAAUUGCAUCAGACCUUUGGGAUAUUGGAGAGCUGUCUGUUGGUUCUACAAGGUUGAAAGAAUUGGAAUUCUGUCCCCUGGAGUCUGAAAAUUAUGUUCCUUGCUUCAAUGCUACAGAGAAUCUUGCUUUGGGUUUUUCUAAAGGAGAAGAGUACGACCGCCAUUGUACGCAUGGAUCGAGGCAAAAUUGCUUGGUUCUUCCCCCCGUCAAUUAUAAGAUUCCUCUUAGAUGGCCUACUGGAAAAGAUGUUAUAUGGGUUGCAAAUGUGAAAAUUACUGCACAGGAAGUGCUUUCCUCUGGAAGCUUGACCAAGAGGAUGAUGAUGUUGGAGGAAGAGCAGAUCUCAUUCCGUUCAGCUUCUCUUAUGUUCGAUGGUGUUGAAGACUACUCGCAUCAAAUUGCUGAAAUGAUUGGGCUAAGAAAUGAAUCUAUCUUUUUACAAGCUGGAGUUAGAAUCAUCUUGGAUAUAGGAUGUGGUUAUGGUAGCUUUGGAGCACAUCUCUUUUCAAAACAAUUGUUAACCAUGUGUAUUGCAAACUAUGAGGCUUCAGGCAGCCAAGUUCAGCUAACGCUUGAAAGAGGUCUUCCUGCAAUGCUUGGUUCUUUUACUUCGAAGCAAUUGCCAUAUCCAUCUCUUUCCUUUGAUAUGGUGCAUUGUGCACGAUGUGGCAUUGACUGGGAUAAAAAAGAGGGUAUUCUUUUGAUUGAAGCUGAUCGUGUAUUGAGGCCUGGUGGAUACUUCGUGUGGACUUCACCAGUUACCAAUGUUCAGGGCUCCCGUCGCAACAAAGAGAAUCAGAAAAGAUGGAAUUUUGUGCGCAGUUUUGCAGAAAUGCUCUGCUGGGAUAUGUUGCCACAGCAAGAUGAAACUGUUGUGUGGAAAAAGACGAGUAAAAAGAGUUGUUAUGAUUCUAGGAAAUCUGGAUCUGGUCCCUCCAUCUGCAGUAAGGGCCAUGAUGUUGAAUCCCCAUAUUAUCGACCUCUCCAAUCCUGCAUAGGAGGAACGCACAGCCGUCGAUGGGCUCCGAUUGAAGAAAGGCCGACCUGGCCUUCUAGGGCUAAAUUGAACUCAAGUGAACUUGCAAUCUAUGGUUUGCCUCCAUAUGACUUCACUGAGGAUAUCCUAAACUGGAACUCAGCAGUUCGUAACUAUUGGUCUCUUCUCUCACCACUAAUUUUUUCUGAUCAUCCAAAGAGACCUGGUGAUGAGGAUCCUUCUCCACCUUAUAAUAUGCUCAGAAAUGUGUUGGACAUGAAUGCCCGUUUUGGUGGCUUCAAUUCUGCUUUAUUGGAAUCUGGGAAAUCCGUUUGGGUCAUGAAUGUGGUCCCUACAAUUGGGCCCAACUCCCUUCCCUUAAUCCUUGAUAGGGGUCUUGUUGGAGUAUUACAUGACUGGUGUGAACCAUUUCCAACUUACCCUAGAACAUAUGAUUUGGUCCAUGCUGAAGGACUUUUAUCACUUGAAACUGAUCAGCAGCGAAGGUGUACCAUGCUAGAUCUCUUCUCUGAGAUAGAUCGUUUACUUCGUCCAGAGGGGUGGGUGAUACUCCGUGACUCUGCCUCUCUCAUUGAAAUAGCAAGAACUCUCGCUGCGAGGCUGAAAUGGGAGGCACGAGUCGUAGAAAUCGAGAGUAACAGUGAUGAGAGACUCCUCAUCGCCCAGAAACCUCUCGUCAAGAGACAAGCAACCUGA